UGCUCCGUCCGCCACGUCCCGCAUUUGUAGAAUGGGAACGAAUGGUCGCGCUGCUGGCCUGCCACCGUUUGGAAGCUAUCCCCAUACCAAUUCUGACGAGCUUCACGCAUUCAACGCAUUGCUGCCGCAGGGCUGUUUCGCAACAUCCCCACAAACCUAACUGAGUAAGGGCUGCCCAGUAUGCCUCCAGCUAUCAGCGACGAAGAGGCCUCAGACAACGAGCUCACCGUCCCCCUUACAUCGGUAACAAAAAGGGAAAGGGAGAGGAAGUCGGCGUCGUACAAGGAGGACGAGAUGGAAGAGGAUAAUGCGAACGACCAGACUAACGGUCAGGAGUCCGAGCACGAUGACGACGAAGAAGGGGACGAUGGCGAGGAGGACGAGGAGCUGGAAGAAUACGUUGUCGAGAAAAUCAUAUCCCACCAGUUCCAAGGGGGCGAACUCAAGUUUGAGGUCAAAUGGGAAGGAUAUGAGAAGAAGGCAGAUCGCACUUGGGAACCCGAGGACAACCUGAAGGACAACGCUUCAGUAAUCCUAGAAGAGUACUUCGAGGCCGUGGGUGGUCGAGACAAAAUCUUCCAAGAGAUGAAGAACGGCCUAAAGGGCAAGAAGCGAGGCCGUUCAUCGACGAAUACUCCCACGAUGGGGAACAAACGGUCACGCAAGAACGGCGACCAUCCGAAAGACACCAGCCCGCCUGCCACUGCGAAACGGGCUGCAUGGAAGCCUCCGGCGGGGAGCUGGGAGGAGGACAUUGCGAGCCUGGAUGCUUGCGAGGACGAGGAGAAGGGGAAGCUGAUGGUGUACCUGACCUGGAAGAACGGGCAUAGAACGCAACAUGAGACCAGCGUUAUCUACAAGCGCUGCCCUCAGAAGAUGCUGCAAUUUUACGAACGACACGUCCGCAUCAUUAAGAAGGACCAAGAUGAUGCGCUGGCUGCUGCCUCCCCAAUUGACUGAUUGGAACGGAGGAAGGAUUGACUUACUGUAUUGUUUUAUAUGUUUGCUCUCUCUUUAGCAGAGCCUAACGAAUGACAUGGCUCUACUGGAGAGGCUGGAUUUCGGCGCUGUCGCAUCGGGGCGAUUCGGUAAUGGUAGUUCAGGGGAAUUUCUGGUCUGAAUUCCUCAUUUCUUGUCCCAAUAUCAAUUUACCUUGCGUUAUCCCUACUGUACCUUUCCAUCUACCUGCCAACUAUCUCCCUACCUCCUCCCUCUCGUCCCCUUCUCUGCAUCUAAUCGUCGACAGCUG